AUGUUUGGCUUCAGUUCAUCUGCGCGUUCACUGCCACCUAAGACUGCGAAGGCGGUGUGCCAGCGUAUGCCACUGACUCCCGAGCGGAUUCCAAGCUUCAUCAUUCCAUCGAAAUUAAAGAUUUCAUCACCACGCUCUCAUCAUGAGGACACCGACCGCACGCGCCUGCUGUCUCCCGACCACUGCGCCAGUCCGCGCAGGCGGGAUAUUCUAUCGCCUUCGUUCUCCCCGUCCAAGCGUUCCGCGAGAUUCUACAAACUUUCACCUGCGUCGGCUGGGAAAGUCGCGCACGCAGCCGGUCGAGUCCAGGAGGACCGGACGGACAUCUCGACCCGCGCAGCUAUGGGUUUGGAGCACGUGAAGAAAAUCUCAACGCCAUACGGAUUCCGGACCUUGGCGGAGAGUCCCCAUGUCAGGCGUCGAGAAUCGCUGUUUCAUCGGGACCUCACUAACGCUUCAGACGCCAGCCCCGGUGUGGGGUCGUCUGCGAGCGGGCGACGGGUAAACGCAGCACGCCUACCUAGUGAUGCAGAGCUGGUUGAAAGUCCGUCCGAAGCCCUAGAGGAUGACCGCGCGAGGAAAAGGCCCAGUCCAAACCGUGUCUUUAAGUCCGCAAAAGAUGGACUUAAAAUGUUUCUGAAAAAGACUCGUUAUGUCCUUAGGACGCCAAGUCCUCUACGGGCGAAGGGACUUUCAUGUAGGCUUACAUAUUCAUGAUCUGAGUAGACCUAUAUUCCAUAAUGUGCCUGUUUUUUUUCUUUUGUUUAUUUUAAAAAUAUGUGUAUCUCCAUUUAACCUAUUAAAGUGUUUUAAUAAAUUACUCUUGAGAUGCUUUGAA